AGCUCUCCGUCCUACUUGUUGGCCGCUUGCCCUGUCACAUUAAAACUGAACAGGCGGUACAAGAUAAAACUUCACCUCGCAGCUGGGAGCCCUCUUGUAUCGAUCUGAACAUGUCCACCCAAAGACAAUCUCUUCUAAAGGAAGCGUCUCAUCAAAUUUUGGCAGGAGGUUCGGCAGGUCUCGUGGAGAUUUGUCUGAUGCACCCUCUGGACGUGGUUAAAACAAGGUUUCAGAUCCAAAGAGGGAAGAGUGAUCCAACCAGCUACAAGGGCCUGGGUGACUGUUUCCGGACCAUUUUACGUACAGAAGGGUUGUUUGGAUUCUAUAAGGGAAUUCUACCUCCAAUCCUGGCAGAAACCCCCAAGAGAGCAGUUAAGUUCUUCACCUUUGAGCAGUAUAAGAAGAUAUUGGGUUUCACCUCUUUAUCCCCAGGUUUGGCACUUUCAGUGGCAGGACUGGGAGCUGGCCUGACCGAAGCUAUUGUCGUCAACCCCUUUGAAGUGGUGAAAGUCAGUCUGCAGGCAAAUCGACAUGCAUACGCUGAGCAACCCUCCACUUUUAACCAGGCGCGACAAAUUGUUCAAGCCAAUGGCUUCGGACUGCAGGGACUCAACAAGGGCUUGACUUCCACCCUGGGUCGUCACGGUGUGUUUAACAUGAUUUACUUUGGCUUCUACUUCAAUGUCAAGAACAUCUUUCCCGUCUAUCAGGACCCAACACUUGAGUUCCUCAGGAAGUUUGCAAUUGGCCUUGUCUCAGGGACCAUUGCGUCCUGCGUCAACAUCCCUUUUGAUGUCGCCAAAAGUCGUAUUCAGGGUCCACAGCCCAUCCCUGGAGAGAUAAAGUAUCGAUCCUGCUUUCAGACCAUGGCUCUCAUCUACAGAGAGGAAGGGUAUCUUGCCUUGUACAAAGGACUGGUACCCAAAGUUAUGAGACUUGGUCCAGGGGGCGCUGUGAUGCUUCUAGUUUAUGAAUAUGCAUAUGGAUGGCUGCAAAGGAACUGGUGAAGGAGCCCAAUAUACCUUCUGAAGACGGGAGUGAAGCUGGAUCAUUGCAAGACAUGAUACGUCCCCAUCCCUCUGAACAUGAGUGAUUCAUAUUUAUAUGACCAGAUUGAUGUUUACAUUUUAACUUUAUGCUUUUAAUUUCUUUCUAAAAAUGUCUGUAAUUCCUUCCCGUUUUCACAAGAUGACAGUGAAGCCAUCACAGGAACGCAGCUGGAAAUACUUUUGGGACUCCUUAUGUUGAACUAUGAGUUGCAUUUGGCUGAACCAUUUCAAAUCCAGAAAGGUUGUAGCAGCUUCUGGAAAUCUCAUGAGAUUUCUAAACACUACUCCAUUGUUUUUAAAUUAAAGAAGAACACCUGAAAACUUGUAAUAGAAGAAUGUGUAUCAAACGAUGGAAUGUAAGGUGUCUGAAUAGAAUGAUUCCAAUAAUAAUGGCUUCAGUUUUGGAGGUAUACAAAUAACCAAGAUCAGAUCCAAACACCUUCAUCAUUUAAGAGUAUAACCUGCGUCCAAGUAACGCACGGCUGCUUUGUCACCCCUCUACUCAUGUUGGGCUACACAACAAACGUUUUAGUCCGUCCAUAUUUUACAGGGGACCUGACAAGAUCUUCAUCCAACCAUUUCCUGUCAAACGUUCAUUAGAGGUCCCACAAGCUUAUACAUUCAAGUCAUAUAUGAUACACCAAGAAAUAUAUGUUUAGCAUUAAAUAAGGAGCUAUGUUUUUAUAUCAGAUCAGCAGUCGUCCAACAACAAAAAUGGCAGUAGUUGUUAUUACGGGGGAGGGGGGGGAUGGGUAUGGGGGGAGUAAAUGUUCCCUUGUUAGGUGUUCAUGCAACCAUAGCCUGUCAAUUAAAUAAUAAUACAGUAAUUGCAUUGUUAUCUAGGAAAUGCACAUAAUAAACAUAUAGUGAUGUGAUGAAUGCAUCACAAGGAAAUAUUGUGUGCUAGUCUUAGUGAAAACUGUUCGUCUAGGAGUUACUCACAGUCACCUCUCAUCUUUAAUGCAGACUUGUGAAGAAACUAGGAUCUGGGAUAUGCAUAGUGUUUGUGUAGGAUGUAGGUGCAGUAUAUAUUGUAACUGCCAAAGUGAGUUCAAAGAAGAUGAUCAUAACAUUGAAAGAUUGAUUAGAAUCUGAGCCAAUAUCACAUUUAUUGCAAAUCCAAAAAAAAAAAAAACUAUAGAAAUGUAACCAAUUUUCUAACUAUAUGCAAUAAGUUAGUACUUUCCAUUAGGAGAAGGUGUGUUAUACUCCAAGAAUCAGUGGUGUUUCUGGUCUCUAGAGCAGGUCACGCAUGUCUCAACCUCCUGUUCUUGUAGUUCUGGCAUCAGAGUACACCAUAAAUAUCUUUGUGCCCUGCUUCCAGCAAUAAACCUUCAAAUGACUCUGGAUGAUCUGGCCCCCGAGCACACCCUUGGUCCACCACACUGAGAUUCCUGCUCUUUCCACUACUUAAUGAAGGGCCUUUUCUUACAGUCCACUUACCUCUUUACCCUAGAGAACAGCUCGUUUGAUGCCACUCACCUGUUGUUAGGUAGUCCCCUUGUUGGUUUCCCUCCAAAAUUUGAACUGUCAAACUUUGCAAGUUGUCACAACUACCAGCUAGCCUUUUCAAUACUCUCUCCAGCCAUCUGAUAAUGACAGCAGUGCAGAUUUGUUGACACAUUACAAUACAGUAUGUUACAAUGAGCAGCACACAAAAUGACAAAAUGGUUUUGCCUCUAAAAGACGCAUAAAACAGGCCAGGGCCCAACCAAAACCUGCCCAGAAAAGGCCUCACUCAAAGGCAGCCUGACCCCAAUACUCUACUGGCAGGCUUCAGCCUAUACAGGCCAAAAAGGAGAUUUCAAAAUGAACUUUGAUGAUCCAAAAUAUGAAAAAUGCCCUUCAAGGCAGAUGGAAGUCUAUAAACACCCUCUGCCUUAGGAACAAAGCAAAUGAUAAUUAUAAUAAGCAAAUCAUACUUUAGAAAUUAAAAUAUUUAUUGAGAGGAGCAAAAAUCAAAAGUGACAAAUGCAAAAAUGAAGCUAGAAAGAAAGGGUUUUACUAAAAAGGCAAACAAAAAAAAUUGAAUCUCAAAUGUAAUCCAAACAAUCAAAGGUCAAAACAGAAGCAAUAAAUUCAAAAAAUCAAUUACCAUGAGAAACACUCUUAGAAGGUCAAACAAUCCAUGAACCACUAAGAAACUCGCUUCCAAGUUUGAAUUCAUGGGCUGAGUGUUUUCCCUUAAUGACGACGCAAAGGUGGUCCUUCCUUUUGGUUUUCCACUCAUUAAAUACAAGGAACAUCAGAGUAGGCAACACAUGCACCUCUCCCUGUAAACCUUCUACAAAAACCACCCUGCCCAUUACUUGGGCCUUCCUUCUUUCCUCUUUUUCACUAGUUGAGCUUUUUUCACUGGUCAUCUCCUUACUCCGAGCUCAGCCCUGCCAAGGGGGAGGAUGGUCUUUUAAAUCAUAGCCAAUACUUAUUUCUGGGCAUCCAGCAGUAAAUAAUUCUGGAGUCCCAGCUGGCAACACAAACUCUUGCUCAUUCCCCCUCACCGUAAAGAUGUAUUAGUGAGGGUCAAACUGGCUGUCCUCCCCAGUUUGCUUGUGGAGCUAUAAUAUAUAAUAAUAUUUGAAAAUACAUUGAUUUCAUUUCUCCUGUUUCAUUUCAUGUCUUGUGUAACCCGUCUUUGUGAAGGUAGAUUGCCCUGCUGUUCAUAUGCGCUUUCACCUCCCCGUUCUUCUUCACUAUGCAUAUAUUGUAAUAUUAUCAGACUGAACAAGAUAAAUAUUUGGGGCACCAACGAGGUGCAACCCAUUUUAUUGGGGCAAUUAUUAAAUAAUAUGAUAACAAAUCCUUAUGAAAAUGAUAAUAUGGAGUACUUCAGUCCAUCUUCUCUUCAAAGGUAGCUACUGGAGUAAGAGUCCAACUCUCCCAGUGGCGGGUUCCUAACUGAAUGCUGACAUCCAGGCGUUGAUAUUCUUAUAAGCAGAUUGGACCGGAAGAGGUGGGACCUUUGUGAUGUCAGAGGAAGUGACACUAUAGUUCUUCCAGCCAAUUGUUUUCUGCUCUGGGAACAAAAGGGGAGAAGGAGUUAAUGACAGUGCAGACUCGUGGCCUUGAGGCAAAUGACAUUUCAUUUUAGAACUUUGAAGAUGCCCCUAAUGGUGUGUCUCAUAUUAAACACAUAUAUUGUAUAUAGUUAACUUCACUGCCUCCUGUACACCAGAGAGUACAAAGUACAAAUUUUCUACAAUGAAGAUUUCAAUUUUGCAGUGUAGAGAUUUCUGGUUUCCAGUCCAAAUGUGCAGCUUUCAAGGGGAACUGACAUCUCAGAAUAAUUUUAUACAAACUAUGGAUAUAUACAAACUACUACUUGCUGUGUCCAGUCUAGGGUCAUGGGUCCAAGAGCCUGUCUUGGUAGCAUCAUUUUCAAGUGAGAAGCUAAACCUGAAUGGCGUAUAUGUAAACUAUACAAAAUAAUGUUUUUUCCAAAUUGGAAAAUUCAGAUUUUUAUAUAGAAACUGAGUUUUCCUGAGUAGGGUUGCACUGAGAAAGAACAGUUAUCAGCCUUGCUAAAUGAUUACUAACCAUUAAAUAAAUGAAUGUUGAAGUUACUUGUUGUCUACCCUUUUACCUCAAAAAUAAGGAGUCCAGGUUAAAAACGAAGAUCAAGAUCUUGGAAGUGAAAGUUUCCAUUGGAAAUCUGAAACAUUUUUGAGAUACAAUGCUUAUUGUAUAAAGAGAGGAUUUCCUUCAGCAAUAAUAAUUUUAUAUCAGGAUUACUAAAGAAAAAUAAAACCUUUGUCACCUUUAUAUUAAGUCCUGUUCAUUGACUGUUUUUGGGUAUUUUAU